AAUAUAUUGGAGUAUAUUUGGAUCCCCAGGAAGCCCUAUUAUAUACAAAUUUACCAGGAAAUUUGGGGAGGAAUGGGGUUGAUGGGCUUCAUCGUUUAUGAAAUCAAGAGUGCUGGUAAAAGAAGUAAUGCUUUGAAAGUUUUGAGUCCUGAGUCUGCGCAUGGUCAUCAUUAA